AUGGAUUCUUCUACUGCUGCUUGUUGCUUUGACCCACCACGUCAACAACAUCAUCCAUCUCAUAAUGCCUUUUCUUUACCUCCACCUUCACACCUUCAUCACGAUUCCGACCAUGUGUUAUCGCCACCACUUACGCCUUCCGUAUCACCAUCUAUGAAUCAUCCAUCUUUCAAACGCAAGUUUCCAUCUUCGUCAUCUUCAGAAAUGAGUAGCCCUUUAGCAUACACGCAUCAUCAUCAUCAUCACGCUACACAGCCUUCAUCAUCAGCUGUGCCUGCGCGGUUAAUGUCAUCAUUUGACAAUGGUCAAGAACGAAGGUCAUCAACAGGAGCCUUGGUGGAAGAAUACCAUCGUCAUCCUUAUUGGACAGCUGAUGUGCAAAAGCAACGAUCCAUGUCAUUUUCGGAACGUACUCCUGCCUCGCGACGACAACCUAACAAACAAAAUAAGCAUGUUUGCACAUAUGCGCAUUGUGGAUGGAGUUUUAAGCGGUAUGAGCAUCUCAAGCGGCACAUGUUAGUGCACACAGGAGAACGUCCACAUGGGUGUCCUUAUCCAGGUUGUGGCAAGCGUUUUAGUCGCUCCGACAACUUUCAUGCCCACUAUCGAACCCAUACCAAAAAGGCCAUUGAGCAACAACAUCAUCAAAAGCGUCCUAGCACUGAUGAUCCUUUUGCACCUCCACAAACAUCAUUGGAGCCACAACAUCAUCCAUCACCUCCACCCACUUUACCUCCGCCACCUCCAUCUUCUUUUCAUUCCUAUGACGACCAUCAUCGAUACCGAGCUUAUCAUGCUCCACCACCUCCACCACCUCCUCAUUUGCCAUCGGUGAUGGAUCGUCGUCCAGCACCAGCACCACCUACAGAGCCAACAAUGUCAUCGUUCUUGAAUGAACAUCAUCGACAGCAUAAUACCAUGGUUGAUGCAUCACCUUCACCUGCAGCAUCUUCGUCAUCUGAUGAUGAAAAGCAGCAUGUAUGUACACAGCCUGAUUGUCAACGAAGAUUCAAACGACUCGAACAUCUCAAGCGUCAUAUGCGAAUUCAUACGAUGGAACGUCCCUUCCGUUGCACAUACCAAGGUUGUCACAAGACAUUUUCACGUUCAGAUAACUUAACACAGCAUCUCAAGACACAUGAACGACGCGAAUCUCGAUAUAGUCAACAACAGCGUCAAGAUCAACAACGAUCAUCAAUGUCCUUUGUUGAUUUAAUGCAUCCUCCUCCUCCUCCAUCUUCAUCAUACCAAGAGCAGCAUUCAUCAUCAUCAUCACACCACCACCAUCAUUCUGCCACAAUGUUGCCACCUCCCUCAUCAACCGCACUUCCUCCCAUGUCCUCCUCAUCAGCACCAUCAAUGCAUCACAUGCUUAGCUGGUCCCAAAAUGAUGCUGCAACAGGCAGUGUUGGUUGUUAA